AUGGCUUCAUUUCAUUUCGCCCGCCGUCCUGUGCAGACAACAGUAUCCUUCCUCAAGGCCGCUUGUCUCGUGCACCUUGGAAUCACGUACGGCUAUACCAUCAGCCCAGCUCAAGGCCCGUCAAUGCUUCCAACAUUCACAGUCGAUGGUGACUGGAUUCUAUGUGAUCACACGCGUCGCUAUGGUCGCGGUGUUUCUGUUGGUGAUCUGGUCGUUUACCGCAUCCCAAUCUUCAACAACCAGUGGGGAGUGAAACGUGUAACAGGCAUGCCAGGGGAUUAUGUCUCUGUCGGAACACCAGGAGAGCAAGGAGAAGAGUUAAUGAUACAGAUCCCCGAAGGGCAUUGCUGGAUUUCAGGAGACAACCUCCCAGCAUCAAGAGAUUCACGACAUUUUGGCCCCUUACCACUAGCUCUCAUCUCUGGUACUACAAUAGCCAAAAUAUUACCAUGGAACGAACGUCAAUGGAUGAAAAAUGGACUUCAAAAGGUUGAAGAGCUAGACUAA